UAUUUACUCUUCACAACCAUUCAAUAAGAUCGUGCCACGUCAUACUGUGCUGUUCUAAACAAGCGAUACCUCGCGUAAAUUUUCAAUAGAAAGCCGAGUCCACUGUUCUCAACAGAUCGUUUGCGCCAAACCAAUCGAUUUGCAAUUCGAAAAUGGUUUGCCUUGCUUGUUUAUUGCCGCUUUUCUUGGUCCCAAUCGUCAACUUGCUGCCCCUACUCUUUCAUUAUAUCAUGGGCAAAAUUUAUGGAAUGUUGGGAUGGGAGUACAGGAAACCUGAAAGGGCUCCUCCCGCGUGUCCCUAUAAGCCUGCAGCCAAACCAGAUAAUGACACUCACAAAGGUCACCAGCGACUUAGUACAAUGGUUUGUAGCUCAUAAUAGCUUCUCAUGAAGAGGGACUGGGACUAGUGAGAAAGAGACUUGAAUGUUUGUCAUUUGAUAUGGUGAUUUAGGAUAUGGUUACCUGAAGCCAGCUAGAGUGCAACGUGGAGGUUGUCAUGGCUAUAUCAGAAUCAUUUAAUCGUUGUUCCUUAUGAGAAGAGUUGAGCUGAUCUUUUAUGGUAUUAUGCUUUGUAUCAUGAUUCAAAGUAUAUGUAGAUGUGUUUAUCUGAUAUUCAACUAAAAUGUUAAAAUAAAUAAGCUUUUUUGUGUAUCUAUGUCCAUUUGAGA